ACGAUUCUUAAGGCUAAAAAAUGUGCUGAGUUUGACAGUACAGUAACUCAUGUCAUUGUUCCUGGUGAUACAGUUCAAAGCACCCUGAAAUGUAUGCUUGGAAUUCUCAGUGGAUGCUGGAUCCUAAAAUUUGAAUGGGUGAAAGCAUGUCUACAAAGCAAAGAAUGUGAACAGGAAGAAAAGUAUGAAAUUCCUGAAGGACCACAGAAAAGCAGGAUCAACAGAGAACAGCUGUUGCCAAAGCUGUUUGAUGGAUGUUACUUCUAUUUUGGGGGAACCUUCAAACACCAUCCAAAGGACAACCUUAUUAAGCUUGUCGCUGCUGGUGGGGAUCAGAUUGUCAUUAGAAAGGCCAAGCCAGACAGUGACAUGACUCAAACCAUCAAUACAGUCGCGUACCAUGCCAAAGCUGAUUCUGAUCAGCACUUCUGCACACAGUAUAUCAUCUAUGAGGACUUGUCUAAUCAUCGCCCAGGAAGGAUUCGGCAGGGCAAAGUCGGAAUGGCUCCUUCCAGCUGGUUUAUAGAUUGUGUGAUGUCCUUUGAGUUGUUCCCUCUUGACAACUGAACUCGCACAGUGUGAUAACCUAGUGACUGUACUGUUUUCAUCAGUCACAUUUUUACAAAUAGGUAGACUCAUUCAUCGGAGAAGGCGAUGGCACCCCACUCCAGUACUCUUGCCUGGAAAAUCCCACGGACGGAGGAGCCUUGUAGGCUGCAGUCCAUGGGGUCGCGAAGAGUCGGACACGACUGAG